CACGUUCGAAAAAUGUUAUCGAGGAAAUCAUGAUAUUACAAUUGCCUGUUAAUUACACCUAAAAUCUAAAAUUACUCAAAUAAAGUAUUAACAUUCGAAUAUUUCCAAGAUGCUUCUCAUAUUCUCGAGGAUACUGUCCCGUUCAAACUGUAUUCUAAUUUUAUUAAUGUCCGACCUCGCGAUUUCGGCGCCCUUCAAGUCUCGAAAACGUUCACCCAACGAAAGCGAACAAGGUUUCUCGGCCUCCCGGAGGAUCCUGGAGAUUCAGCUGCCGCUGAAGAUCGCUUCGAAGCAGGAUUUAGUAGCCUGGUCCAAGUACGUGAUGAAUCUGGUGGCGUCCAAGAUUAAUCCCACGUCGGGUAACCUGAAGGAUCUGAUAAACUCCGAGAAACGAGUGUCUCCGGCAGACAACUCGAUCAUAAAUUCGAAAGAGUCGAUGCUGAAUAAGAAGGCGCCGAUCAGCGACAAACAAGGCUUCCAUUAUCCGGCGCGAAGACUCCAGGCACCUCCUGCGCGAAGAGGUGACGAGCAAGUCAUGGCUUAUCCUUUGCCCAUUGGAGGAAUGAAACCUACCCCAUCCAGUCCGCAGGACCCCUUUAGCUUCCCGGACAUCAACGGACAGGUUGAUCUCGCGAACUUCAACGCGAAUUUCGGCAACUACGAGAAUCUGUUUACGCAAAGCGAGCUCGACAGCUUCGGGAAUUUGGACAUCCUGGGACAGCCGGCGUAUUUUCCGACGUCCUUGAGAACCGGCGAUGCCAUUGCGACGUACCGGAAUAUUUCCGGUUUCAAGAGUCCGGGGAAGCUUGAGACCGCGAAGAGUCCUUUGAAUGUUCUCAGGACCUUCGACAACGAGCUGGGACCAACGUUGCCGAUCGCGCACGAACUGACAGCGACGAAUCUGUCACGUUUAGGCGAACCCCUGGUGACCUUCCCGUUUCAGGCGGUGAUAACGAUCAACAGUCAAAUUCCGGCAGCCACGACGAUCCUGAAUACGCAGCCGAAGGAUUACUUCGCGUUUCAUCCCAGGGAUUCCUUGCACGGGUUCUCGCAAUUUGAGAAGGAUUUCGAGAAAAAUUACACACUCACAAACGAAUCCGGACAAGUCGACGUUGUCUUCAAUGAUUUGGGCACGGAUACGGAUAGAAAAAAAUCGACCGCGAGUGCAAGGAAGGAAGAGCAAGAGAAGGAAGAGGAAGAUGGACAGAAGAAGAAGAAGAAUGAGAAAAAUACGAAAAACGCGAAGGCACAGAAACAGCCGUCCAUACUUGGCGAUUUAUUGAGGGGAUUGGGGAUCCUGAAGAGAUUGCCGAAGAAUACCACUGAGAUCAACGUCGCGACGCCUGUGCUCUCUAUCUUGAAGGGUACGAAUGCACAGAAGAUACAGGUGACCUUCGACGAGACGCCACCUAAUCAAGAAGGGAAUGAAACGGGCGCUCAACAAGCGCAGCAAUUGAACGACGAUGACGACGACGACGACGACGACAACGAUCAAAACGGCGAGGAUCAAAAAGAAGACCAAGAAGAAGAGGAUGAUGACGACGAAGAAGAAGAGGGCGGGUCUAUACAAGCUAUAAUCGAUUUACUACCGUUAGCUGCACCGCUUCUCGAAGACCUUAGUGAUCCAAAUUCCGAGACUGACAUAAGGGAAGUGCUUCAAGCUGCGAUUCCUCUUCUCGAAGAACUCUCUGAUCCGAACGAGGAAGGUGGAAUUGAUAUUCCUGGAAUUUUGCUGCCACUUUCCCAAAGGCUCAGCGAGGGCCCGGAAGGACAAGGUAGCGAUUCUGGUGCCAUUCUAGGACCUAUCCUUCAACUGAUAGGGCCACUGAUAGGACCUCUUUCGGGGCCUCUGAGCGGCCCGUUGAGUCAAGCCAGUAGUGGUCCCCAAGGUGCAAUUAAUUCGGGAUCUCUGAUUGGACAAUUGGCUGGUCCUUUAAGCGAGAAGCAGGGACCGUAUGGACAAACAAUAUUCUCGAACCUUGUUGCUUCUAUCGUCGCUAGACUGAGUAAAGAAUCCGCUAUUUCAGCAGGCGAUUCCGACUUGAAAGCUAUAAUAAGUAAUCUUGUGUCAGGGUUGAUCGCUGGUACUAGCGCUGGUUCUAGUGCUGGUUCUGGUCAAAAAGGAGGUGGAAGUUAUGGAGUUGGACAUGGAAAUUAUGGAGUUGGAAAUGGAAAUUAUGGAGUUGGAAAUGGAAAUGGAAAUGGAAAUAGAAAUGGAAAUGGAAAUUAUGGAAAUUAUGGAGUUCGGAAGGACACGUAUUAUGCGCCUACAACCUACGGCAGUUAUGGCAAUAUUGACAGUUAUCAACCUCAAGCGCCCGCAAGCGGAAACGAUAUGUUUAACGCGGUCAUAAAGGAACUCCUGGGUGCCUUCUUGAAGCUGUCGGCGACGUCGUCGACCUCCAGCGCGAAUCUGUCAGGAACAUCGUCCAGCGGCAGCGCCGGUCUGUCAGCCAGUUCGUCGCAAGGAUCUUCUCAGGAGAUGCCUCAGACUCCUGCGUACGGUCCACCGACAAAUCCAGGUUACGGUCCACCGACAAAUCAAGCUUACGCUUCGCCUCCUGCGAACAACGCCUACGAGUCGUUCACGCGAAGGCGAGGCCAGCAGCAGAUCAAGAAAUUUCAGUUCUAAUUUGCAAUUCUUGUGGAAAGAAGAUUGCUCUCCGCGAUACUACUGUUGUAUUUUUUUUAACAUUAUAUAUUCCAUGAAAGUGUUUGAAAUUGUAUUUUCCAGUCUCUCGGUUAUUCAAAUCUCUUGGGGGAAAAGCAUUCGUUCCGCACAGAUGCCGCACUACCUCCGGAAAGUCGGCGCAUGAUUUCGCCAAUAAAUGCUGGUCAUUUCGCAACGAUGAACUUGUUGAAACAGGUCGGCACAUGUACAACAGCUAAUGCACAAUAAUUGCAGGAUAAUUGAGCGGCGCAAGGACGGAACACGUCAAAUCUCUUUUCGCGUUUUACCCUCACUUAAACCACAAUUUCCGAAUAAUUAGCGUAAAGUGUAAUGACCGAAUUACCAGUCAUCAGUUUUUUAAUAGCUGCCGCAAUAUUGCGGACUU